AUGACACCUUAUGUUUCCCAGAAUCCUCGAGCUGCUUAUAUGAAAUACAGGGAUCUGGAUAUUGGGAUGAACGACGUUGAGGGCAAGACUAGUUACAGGGAAGCGCGGGUUUGGGGUGCCAAGUAUUUCAAGAACAACUUCGAUAGGUUGGUGAGGGUGAAGACGGUUGUGGAUCCUGAUAAUUUGUUUAGGAAUGAGCAGAGCAUUCCUCCCUUCUCUGUUUGA